AUGGAACCCAGCCUUGCCCUGAGAGAAAUGGCAAGACCUUGCUCGACACCUGGCAAUCCUAGAAACAAUUUGGGGGGACACAGAUACUAUAAACAGACACACCCCUGAAGAUGGAAAUACAGCGGUGAGAGUGUGUGUGUGUUGGAGGGGUGCUUCACUGAAAGUGUGUGUUUGUUUACAGUAUGGGAAACAGACCACGCGGUGUAUUUCCCUUGCCCUCCCCCUGAUCUCUCUCACACACACACACACACAUACACACACGCAACAGCAGUGUGCAGCCUCAGCCGCAGCCAGUCUCAGUCGGUCAUCUGACAGUCUUGUGCUCCAGGAUGUGUGUAGAGAGGGGGGGCAGGCUGGGGCAGUAGCCCGCUGAGGGGCCCUGAGACUGGGACACAAAACCUGGCAGCAGCCCCUGGCCUGGACCAUCAUGGAGACCAGCAUGGAGAGCAGCUGGGUAUCGGGGGAUUUGGAUCUGAGUCAGAUCAGGCUGCUGCUGUUUCAGGACUGUGAGCGUCGAGGCAGACAGGUCCUGUUCGACUCCUCCACCAUCAAGAAACAGGCUGGUGGAGAGGAAGCAGAGUCUCCCACACGUUGCCAGAAGAGUCCUGGAAUAAGCACCCAGAGUCACAAACAAAGAGAGCCCUCACCCAGUUACCAGUACACCCGACCAUCGUCAGAUGUCAACAUGUUUGGGGAGAUGAUGUUUGGAUCAGUUGCCAUGAGUUACAAGGGCUCUACGCUCAAGAUCCAUCACAUAAGAUCUCCUCCUCAGCUGAUGGUCAGUAAAGUUUUCUCUGCUCGAGUUGGCAGCUCCAUGGGAAGCACAAACACGUUACAUGAUAGUUUUGAAUUUGCCUCCCAAGACUGUCCUGGCCACAGCAUCAGCAGCAGUGGUAGUAUAGCCCACAGCACUCCAGUGGACAUGCCUGGACGAGUGUUCUGUGAAGAUGGAGACAGUGGCAUAGCUCGCUCAGCAUCACUGGCCACACCCUUGGCCUCGCCAGGCUCCACCCCUUCCUCCAGCUCAUCCUAUCAGAGACGCCUACAACGCAGCUUCAACACCAGCCUGGAGUACCAUACUCCUCGUGAGGAGAGGUUCAGCCAAUCAGACGAGAGCUGCAGCUCUGGUCCUGUCAUGGCACGGAGGAGGAAGAUUGCUCUGAGCAUCAUCAUCACUCUGCCAGAAGACACGCAGUCCUCGCCGACUGGAAUACAGGACGACACACACUCCUUCAUCGACUUCUUCUUCUCCCACUUCCCCCUCAUUGAGGCUCACCUGAACAAACUCAAGAUGGCAGUUGAGAGGGCCAUGUUGCUGUGUCGCCAAGUGAAUGAUUCGACCCAGAGGCAGCAGCUGUACGUCAGCCGGGUCAUGGACGCGCUGGCAGAGUUCAGGACAGCACUCUGGAACCUCUUCAUGGCCCCGAGAAUCUUGGAGCCAGUGUGGUUGACCAUGGUAUCCCAGAAUGCUGAGCGAGACCGUCUUUGUCAGCGCUUUCUGCAGGAGCUGAGUGCACUGAUGGACACCCGGAGCAAUUUCCUCUCGUCUCUCCUCACGGCCGUACUGACUCAUCACCUGGCUUGGGUCCCAACGGUAACCCCCAGCAACCAGCCACCAAUCACAGGCCUUUGUGAGAAACACACCAGCCAAUCAGUGCACAUGCUGGGCAAGUCCCACCCCUACAACCCCCUGUGGGCUCAGCUUGGUGACCUGUAUGGAGCUCUGGGCAGUCCCCUGCGUGUGUGUCGGACGGUGGUCUUAGGCAGGAGGAGGGAUCAGGUCCAGCGCCUCCUCUACGUCCUCUCCUACUUCAUACGUUGCUCUCCCCUGGAGGAACACACUCCUACGCACACUCCUCAACCCCACCCCUCACCUCACGUACCCCCCCCACACACAGACACUCCUCACGCACAACCCUCACCUCACACACACCCCACGGAUACUCCUCAAACCCACCCCUCACACAUCCUUCACACGCAACCACACCCUGCUCACACACACCCCUUACACACUCCUCAAACACACACCUCACACACAAACUCUCCUCAUACACACCCAUCACACACACAGGAGAGGGUAGACAGGGGUAGGGGGGAUUUGCCCACCUGGGAGUUGGAGAGUAUGGGUCUGGAAGGAGGAGGAGUAGGCGGAGGAGAGGGGGAGGAGGGAGACAGAAUAAGGGUUGGAGAGGAUGGGGGAGGAGGAGCAGAGGGAAGAGCCAAAGGAAGAGAGGAAGACGAGGGAGGAGAAGUUGUCAGAAAGGGGGAAGGAGAGGAGGUGGGAGAGGAUCAAUCCAGUGAGGAUGACAACAUCGGCUGUUUGUUCUCAAGACAACCGAACACAGCACCAGAGCUGGAGCUGCCCUUGCCCAGGUUUGAGGCGGUGCAUGGGGUGUGUGUGAGUGACCUGGGUCGUUCGUUGCUGGGAGAGUUCAGCCCUGACUACCUGGCAGACUUUGCUCUCCAUGGCACCAUGGCUCACCAGCACCUGCUGCAAAGCAUCAUGGGAGAUUUGGAGCAUGCCGUCUUGUACCCCGUGCUUGACGAACCCAUGGCUGAGGCGGUGUGUGUGCUGGCGGACGUGGAGCGUGUGUGUGUCCAGGUGGCCAGCAGUCAGAGGAGGGGCCUGGGGCCCGAGGUGGCCCCCUCCUCUCUAGUCUCCACCCUGCUGCUCUCCACCACACACCUGUUCAAGCUGGGGCUGGGGCCACAAUAUUGUGUGAGACACCUGGAGGACUGUCUCCAGGAGCUGUACCUGAGAAGCAGACUGCUGGCAGUCUACCUGAGAGAUCACACCCGCUGCAGUACCAAAGACCUGGCUACACACUUGGGGAUUGAGUGUGAGGACGUUGCUCUGCUAGCUGCUGUGGCCGGAACACACACUCCCUGUGAGACCCAGGCCUUCCUGUAGAGCAGGAGGGCCCUCUCCCUGUGAGACCCAGGCCUUCAUGUAGAGGAGAAGAAGAGGAGAAAGAGGAGUGCACUCCCCAUGUGUGGUCCAGGCUCUACUAUGGAGGAGGAAGAGAAGAGAUAGAAGAAGAAGAGAGGAAAAGAAGAGGAUGUUCUGCAGUACUGCAUGUCUAGUGCAGCUCCAACUCUGAGACUGACGUUCUGUUACAGACUGGGGGGAGAAGCUAUCAACUGCAGGCAUGGUGUGUGUGUGUGUGUGUGUGUGUGUGUGUGUGUGUGUGUGUGUGUGUGUGUGUGUGUGUGUGUGUGUGUGUGUGUAUGUGUGUAUGUGUGUAUAUGUGAGAGACAGUGUGUGUGACAGAGAGAUUGUGUGUGUAUGUGACAGAGAGACAUUAAAGCG